AUGGGGAGGAUUAAGAAAGUCGCCACGGAGCGGCACACGGCGACUCAAUCGCCAUAUGUCAAGGAAUUCGUGGUCAAGGCGACUGAGGUGCCGUUGCACCGAUUACCUGCAUGCCUGGACACUUUCCCGCAGCACUGGCCGCUGCCGCGAGGCGAUCUGUAUCACUGGAUCCCACUCCUCGACCGCUUCGACCAUGUGCUCGAGAAUUUCAACAAGGAAUAUGCUCUGAACGAAGGACCGCAGAUGCAGCCCUUUCAGCGGCGUCUGCUCGAGAAGGGCGAUGCAGAGGAGGGUAUGCCAUAUCCUGCUGCGAAAGCAUCGUCGCAAGAGCUGGACGCAGCUGGCUAUUCUGCAGAGGGUGACCGUGAGUUGGUCGAAGCUGUGCUGCACUUCACGCGGAUACUGCUUGAAAAUUGUGGCAACCGUAGCCUGUACGCCAGUAGCACACACAUCAACGAUCUACUGCAUACCACAUCACUCAGCCUUUUGCGCCUUUGCUUGAAGCUGGCACUACGUCUGGCACAACGCUAUCAGGUGGCUCGAUUUAAGAACCAUCACCCAAGCGCCCAGCCGUUGCUUCUCGCCAAUCACUACAAUAUCAACCUUGACAACCUGCACAAAAUCGCCUUGCCUUUUCCGAAGCCAUACAGCUCCGGCGCAAGCUUGGCUCAGACACCUGUAAAGGGACGCGAGAAGUCCUCACAACAUUCGAGCUUCAAUCCAGCUGAUCUAGUCGCUAUCGCCAAGGAUCCCAUUGCGGCCAGCCUGCGGAAUGAGCUGUCUGGCGUAUUCUUGACUUACUACGAGCCAUCUGUAUCAGCACCGAGGCCGACUACAGCUACGCCAGCUACCGAAGCCUCUCCUACGACACCUACGCCGACGCGGAGGACGUCGAAUUUGGGACCAUCGCGCGACCGACCAUCUGUGGCAGAUAGAUCUUUCAGCGCCGAUGAUCUGUCCACGACGCCAAUCAAAUCCCGCGAGACGGACGGCUCUUCCGAUAAUGCCCCCAAGCUCUUCAACAUCCCUGCCAGGAAGGUCGCCGACACACCUGCAUGGUCUUUGGUAAAGGACGCCGCGUCAGAUCUUCCUUCCGAGCUUCGAUACGAACUGCUGAAUCGCGUGCGAAUCGCCAAAGCGUUCGCAUCUGUGAAAGAGGAUGCCCAAUUGAUACUUGAAAUUCGACUCCUGGCUGUUGCAAACAUGGCAUUUGCGUUGAGCGAGUCAAAGUUCCAGGAGAGGCUUGGCACUGCAGACGGCGACGAGCCUCGUCGUUACCAUCUUGCACAACAGCUAUGCGACUUAUUGCAGCCUGCAACGAAUGGCCAAACUGGUCUCACGCUCCAGAGUGAGACCGCUGUAAUUAUGACCCUGGAUGCGCUCACUAAGACUCGACAUAAAGUCAAUGAAGUAGCUGAUGCACUUUCCAUCGCUGUGAAUCAUGGUAUGCUGUAUUACGAGCUCCGGAAGGUUAUCGCAACACUUGGGGAGAACGAGAACACGGACAAGCACUCCGAGCUUCGGGAGACCGAGUGGCGCAUCGCGACAUUCGAGCUGGUGAACAGCCUCUUGCAGUCCAAUGGACAAGCUCGCUAUGGUGAGAAGAUGGUCAAUGCUGGCAUCAUUGGCAUCCUUGUGGAAUGCUUGAAGCUGCGGACACUUCGUGCCGAGCGCUUUCAUGAACGUAUCCUGCAAUUCUUCGACAGCUUCAUCCACGGAAUACCCACCGCAUUUCAGACAUUGGCCAAUGUCAGAGGUCUAGAUACUAUUGCCGACCUGACAGCUUUCGAAGUCAAAGCCGCUUUGGAGAGCGCGCGUAAUGGGAAUGGGAUUCCUGCAGAGCACAAAUCCAAGGUCAUCGACUACGACAUCCCGUAUCACCAGUCAUCAGUUCUUCGUCAAUUGUUCAAGAACACGGUGCACAUGUUUGAGCAUAACAGUGGAGGUCAAGAUCGCCUUCUGCGAAAUCUGAUUGAUACGCCGCAGAUCUUGGGCGCGCUCAAGGACGUCAUCGAGAACGCUCCGUUAUUUGGCUCGAAUGUAUGGAGUGGAGCCGUCAACAUCGUCAGCAGCUUCAUCCACAACGAACCCACGAGUUAUCAGGUCAUUGGCGAGGCUGGUCUUAGCAAGAGCCUGCUGGAAUCCAUUACCGGAGAACACAUCCCAGCUGACCUCCCGGAGAUCGGAGAAAUCAUUCCUCCUUCUGAGACUGCGAAGAUUGAGGCGGGUCAAGACGGCGAGCCAUUGUAUCCCUCUGUUUCUGGCAUUCUUCCCGUCGGCGAAGUCAUGAGCGAUGUGCCCACCGCUUUUGGGGCCAUCUGCUUGAACGAGUCGGGCAUGCAGCUCUUCCAGGCAUCUGGUGCCCUGGUCAAAUACUUCGACAUCUUUCUCUCGCCAGCUCACGUACGAGCCAUGGAGGAAGAGUCGCAGACAGCCACUACUAUUGGCCACGCAUUUGACGAACUGAGCCGCCACCAACCACGACUCAAGAAGCAGAUCAUGGCUGCGGUGUUCAAUAUGCUCAAGCGCUUGCGAGACCUGACUCAUAUUUUGGCAGAGCGGAAGUCUGCUGGUGCGAAGCUUUGGGAGUUGCAAGACGACAAAGCAGUCAUUUCAGGUGGGAGUGCUGCUUUGAGAGGAGCCUCCCCUGACGCGUACGCCGAAGCCCUUGCAGGCAAGAGCGACUUCCUCCCGUCGAAGGUGACGGAAGUACGGAUUGAUGACCACUUGGAGGAUGAACACGAGCGGGCGCCUGCGGUGCCAUUUUUGAGUGCGUGCUUCAAGUUCCUGGACGGCUUCUUUCACAACAAUGGCAUGUGCCAGCUCUUCUGCGAUGAUUCCGGUGCUGAGUUGUUGCUCGACCUGGCCAUGACGCCAAGCAAUCCUUACGACUUGGUGGCCUUUCCACUCUUCGCAAAGAUCACCCACGUGUUGAAGACUAUGUGCGAAGCUCGAUAUGCUUUGGUGCUGCCUAACAUCGUCAGAAGAACGCAGCUGGCUGUUCUGGGUUUGAAGGAUCUCGUUGGCAACGAAAGCCGAAACAGCUCUUUUGACAAGUUCAGCAAUCUAAAUGAGGCCGGACAGUCUCCAUUCCCUGACGGACGAGACGGAACCACUGUUGUGAAGUCCUUGUUGAAUACGCAUCUGCUUACUCACAUCCUUGGACGAACACUGGCGCCGCCGCCAUAUACCCUUCGACAUGGGCACCAAAACAAUCAUCUGUUCACGAAUAUGAUCCUCACAGAUGUCUAUAUUGAGCUGGUCGAUGAGUUGAGUAAGCUUCACGCUGCAUGUCUUUGGGAGAAUCUUCUCUUGCAACGCAACAUGCCGGAGCAGCAGAAGAUACGAACUGAGCCCAAAGCAUUUGUCAUGCGGCGUAUUGACGCCAACGGCGUCGUGGAAGUGGCCAAUGAUCGGACAGAGUCUUCUCGCUCUCAAAGCUCCGCUUCGAAUGGACUGAAUGACUCGACUUCCAACGAGAGUCGCAGAUCUAUCCUCGCACUCAAGAACAUUCGAGCGAUCAGAUAUCUGCUCAGCCAGGUGCCUAUGGGCAUUGAGUCAUUCUUCCAGUCGCUCGGUCAGGCCAUAGUCACUAAGCGUAGCGAUUCGACGCUCAAGCAGCAUGCAAUGGUGGUUGCGGAACAUCUUGCGCAGACUAUGAUCUGGGGCCUCGACGUCCGUCGCAACAAGCCCGACGAGGAACUUCUAGAACUUAGAUAUGUCUCGCAGAUGCUGACCAUGAUUGGUCGACUGCUGCUUCGGAACUCGUACUCGAUGGAGAGUCUUGGCACAAAAGAAGCCUUGACCAUGGUGAUGAUGAAGUUCUAUGUGCUUGGAGGAUUUCUGAAGCUGAAUGACUAUCUGUCUCGCUUCGUGAAAUUGCUCGCAAAGGAGCAAGAGCAGAACAAAAUUGAGCCUCCUGUCAAGGACGCCAUCCAAUCAAUCUUGACUUUCUACGGCCAAGUGGUGCGCUCGAAAUGCAUCAAUGAGGCUCCGCAAUCUAGCGUCAUCAACAACAGAGACCACAAAUUGCCGGACUACUUCCAGCCAGGCCAGCUGUUGGUGGAGAUUCGUGACGCGGUCUUGCCUGCGAUCAAUGACAUUUGGCAUUCUCAAGAUCUUGAGAAAUUCACAGACGCCAACAUGCGAUCAAUUGUUGACAUCUUACGUAUGAUCUUGAAAGCCGAGGGAGAAGAUCGUGCUCUGAGACGCGAGGCUAAUGCCUAUCGCCGAGUGCCCGCACACAAGCUUGAAUUCAAGCUCACGAAUACGACCGGCCUUGAAGAGCUCGCAGCGAAAUUCAAUAAAACACUUGCAAAGGAAGCACUUUAUCGAUGCAAUCAUAUUCACAAUCAGGCUGAGCAAUAUUGCGAGUUGCGGGCCAAGGACCCAAGAGUUCCCCGAUUCCCCAUUCCCGAUGGUGAGACACCAAGCAACGAGGUCACAACCUCAGAGAGCUUUGGUCAAGCGAGAUCACGAUCACAGCCCAGAGUCUCAACAACCUCUGCGGAUGAGACUGCUUCUGUUGAGAUGGGCAAUGCCGGCGAUGGCGAGAGCGGAGGUCUCCAUAGAGAAGUCGUCAACCCGGAUGACAACGGACAAGCACAAGAGACUCGCCAACUUUACGUUACAGUCGAUGACCUUGACGAAAAGCGUCAGGCCUUGCGCGCAGAUCUCAUCGACCGCUGUCUCGACGUCCUGAGCAGUCAGCGAGAUAUCGCAUUCGAGCUUGCUGAUUUAAUCCAGGCUGCAGUCAUGAAAUCGAGCGAAGAGCAGAGCACUCGUGCUGAAAUUAGCACGACAUUGGUGUCCUCACUGAUAUCACUGAAGGCUGAGGAACCCAGCCAGGAAUCUGGUUCGAAGAUUCACGCUUACGCACAUCUUGUUGCACUCAUCUUGCAAGACCGCGACUUCUUUGAGGCGUCACUCGACGAGUUGAAGGACAACUUUGAGAGUCUUGUUGAGUGGGUGGAGCUUGGUCCGGAUCAAAAGGCAGCCGACGCGCCUUGGAUCGAGACUGUGCUCCUUAUCGUCGAGAGAGUUCUUGCAGAGGACGAGCAGCCUCCGGAAAAUCCGUGGGAACCUCCUCCUGCCGACAACCCGCUGAAGCCGCUAAAGGAGCUCCCAGAACCACAAGCGAUUGUGUCUCAGGAUCUUCGCUCGCAGCUUUUUGGCUCUCUUGUCGGCCUCCUGCCCAAAGUUGGCAAGAAUGCUUCAUUGGCACUCUCCGUCUCUCGCGUACUGGUCAUUCUCACUCGGAAGCGGGAGCUGGCGAUGCGUCUUGCCGACAGGCUUACUCUCAAUCGCCUCUUCACGAUGAUCCGACAACUCGCAGGAUCGGUCGAUGAGAAGCUUCAGGCAUCUUUCAUGCUUAUUUUGCGUCAUAUGAUUGAAGAUGAUGACACUUUGCGCCAAAUAAUGCGAGCCGAAAUUCGUGUUGCGUUGGCGCAUCACAAAUCUUCCAGGGCGCUGGACACCACCACGUACACCCGCAAUCUAUCCCACUUGGCAAUUCGCAACCCAAAGAUCUUUGUCGAGAUCACUGGUGAGAUGGUCGAAAUCACACGCUUUGAUGGGAAUCCAAAUCGUGGCCAACAGAUCGGUCUGAAGCGCUCGACUCCUCCAGAACCGAAGCCAAAGGCUGAGUCGUCAUCUGCCAAGCCUACUAUCGAUGGUGACGCUUCAGAACAGCAAAAGAUGCCCGAGCCCAAGGGGCCAGUGGUUGAAACUACCGACGGCGUUGUCCAGUUCUUGCUUCGUGAAUUGUCCAAUUACAGAGUUCUGGAGGACAACAUUCCACCAGCAUCGAAAGAAGACGAGGACAAAUCGACCUCUGGCAGUGCAUCUUCUGAUGUUGAGAUGUCCGAGUCCACGCCCACGCCCACGCCGCCUCCAGCAAACGCUUCGACCGCGGCGGCAGUAUCGACUGCUGAUCAAUCCAAGAAUAGUAAGCCUGUCUUCAAGCCUGAGGAGCACACCAUCUACAUCUAUCGAUGCUUCAUCCUUCAGUGUCUUGCUGAGCUUCUUGCGUCCUACAAUAAGACAAAAAUGGAAUUCAUCAACUUUUCGCGCAAGUCGGAAGCUCAGCCUGCAACGCCUUCCAAGCCGCGUGCCGGCACGCUCAACUACUUGCUCAAUGCACUCAUGCCAGUGGGAACUCUGGAGCACCGAGAUGACGUGUCACAUCGCAAAAAGGCCGCAACAUCGAAUUGGGCCACUCAAGUCUUGGUCGCACUCUGCACGAAGACACCAGAGCGACAAAGCGAGCUCCAGGCAGCUGCACCUUCAUUCGCCGACUUCUCGGAGCAAGAGCCGGAACUUACAUUUGUGAGGAAAUUCGUUCUGGAGCAUGCACUUCGUACGUUCAAGGAAGCAGUCACAUCCGCUGAGCCACUCGACCUCCGCUACUCACGCCUCCUGUCCCUUGGAGAACUCUUCAAUCGUAUGCUCAAUAGCAAGGUUGACCAGCAGAGAGCGAAUGUGGUCUCAGCCGGUGCGUUCAGCGCUCAUCAGCAGAUCGGCCGACUCAUGUACGAGAAGAACUUUAUUGGCACCCUGACUUCUGCCAUCGCCGAGCUUGACUUGAACUUUCCGAACGCGAAGCGCGCAGUCAAGUAUAUACUUGGCCCACUCAAGCAACUUACAGACCUCGGAGUAACCUUGAGCCAGUCCGCAGAGUUGUCCUCCUCUACCGAGCCCGGAACGAGUACUGAGGAAGACGAAAUCUCCUCUGCUACCUCGAUUUCGGGAGAUGAAGAAGACGAUGAUCGCGAACACACUCCUGAUCUUCUUCGUGACACCUCGCUCGCUGAUCAGCUCGCAGAUGACGAUGAAGAUGACGAUGAGGACGAUGACGAUGACGAGAUGGGCUACGACGAAUACGACGAUGGUAUGGACUAUGAAGAGGAGCAAGUAGCCGACCACGGCGAGGUUGUUAGCGACGAGGACGAGGAUGAGCUUGACGAUAUGGGCGAUAUCGAAGGUGUUCCAGGCGAUGUCGAGAUGGAGAUCGAUGUCAUGAUGGACGACGAAGACGAUGAGGAUGACGAGGAUGACGACGACGACGAUUCUGAUGAGGAUGAUGAGGAUGAUGUAGAUGACGACGACGACGAGCAUGGCCAUGAUUUCCUUGACCACAUGGACGAGAUCACUGGUGACGACGAAAAUGCCAGCCUUGGCGAACACGAAGGCGACUGGGAGGAAGAAGACGAGCAAGACUACGGCUUUGAACCUGAGAUCGAAGAGGACGAUGACGACGAUCAAGAUGGCGGUUGGACCUGGGACGUGCAGCCGCCUCAGGCAAUACUUCGAGGUGGACACCAUCACCAUCACCAUCAUCACAGAGGGCUUGGCGAGAUCAUGGGUAUGAUCGGCGGAGACCCAUUGCGUCCAAUGGGCGCAUUCAGCAGAUCACACCGAGCUACCCCCAACCCCCGAGAUGAGGACGGCGUAAACCCUCUGCUGCAGCGUGGCACACGAUUCGCUGGCGCACGACGAGCUUUCGUGCCACGCCAGGGCGAUCAUGUGCUACAGGAUCUGGUCGCUGCUGUUGGACCGAAUGGCCACACUGGUCCCAUUGAUGUUGUGGUUCACACCGGUGCGAUGCCGGGCCUUGGUGCGCUCCCACCCAUGUUUGUUCAGUCACGUCUCGGCGGACAGGCUAUGAUUGAUAUUGACCCAACACGCGGCUGGCGAGAAAACGCCGGACUUGGACGCUGGGCAGAUCCAUUGACUGGUCGAGUGCACGAGCGUGGCAGCGGCCAUCACGUCGAAGCGCAAGCAGUCGAGUUCCGGACGAGCCAGACUUCAGCCCGUUGGCAAGAAGAAGCUCGCAUGCUCUUCCCUGGGAGAUUUCAAGAAAAGGCACUUCAGAUUCUCAACAUGAUCUUCCGAACCUUGGUACCGGCUGCCAUGCAGGCAAAGAAGAUCCGCGAGGAGCAGGAAGCCGAGCGCCAGGCUGCUGCGGAGAAAGAAGCUGAGGAGAAGCGCAAGCAGAUGGAAGCAGAGAAGGCGGAGCGCGAAGCCCAGGAGAAGAAGGAGCGCGAAGAACGUGAAGCGAAGGAACGCGAAGAAGCUGAAGCUCGUGCUCGAGAGCAGGCUGAGCAGGCACCAGAAGGCGACACCCAAGCAGAGGCAGAUAACGACAUGCAGGGCAUAGAACAAGAUGCUCCAGAGGGCACAGCCGAUGAAGAACAACCAGAAGCGGAGCCAGAACAGCCACCAGCAGAGCGCAUUACCAUGACGAUUAGGGGUCGUGAGCUCGAUAUCACGAGUCUGGGCAUCGAUCGGGAGUAUAUCGAAGCUCUGCCAGAAGAGUUGAGAGAGGAAGUGAUCAUGGCCCAAUAUGCUGAACAGCGAAGCCAACAAGCAGAAUCCCAGGAAGCACCGAGCGAGAUCGAUAGAUCAUUCCUGGAGGCGCUUCCACGUGAGCUCCAGCAAGAGCUUCUGCGCACCGAGCAGCAUGAUCGACGCCGCCGCGAGCAAGCUGAAGAGAGAAGACGUCGACAGCAGGAAGGCAAUGCCGCUCCUGCUCAGGCGGAAGACAUGAACAACGCCGAUUUCAUGGCUAUGCUUGAUCCCGCUCUCCGACAAGCUGUGCUUCUUGAUGCUGACGACACGGUCCUUGCUGCGCUGCCCGAAGAUCUUCAAGCUGAGGCCAGAGCGCUUUUUGGAGACAGACGACCUCGCGCAGAUGGCGGUCGCGCCGCACGCCAUCUCGAAGUCGCCGGAGCUCGUGCGAUCUUCGGCCAAGAUGCUGGCCGUGAGGAGGAAGCCACUCGUGAGGUCAGACAGCGACGACCUGUUGCUCAGAUGCUUGACAAGGCUGGCAUUGCCACCCUUCUGCGACUGAUGUUUGUGUCUCUCAACCACAAGGCCAAGGCCAACUUGCACGGCAUCUUGUCCGACAUCUGCAAGAACACCCAAAACCGCGCAGAGGUCAUUAGCAUCUUGCUUUCGAUCCUGCAAGACGGGACUGCAGAUGUCAACGCAGUAGAGCGUAGCUUUGCUCAGCUCUCACUUAGAGCCAAGCAACCGUCUGCACCGAAGACGCCACAGCCUCUCAAGCGCAGCUUCACAGACCAGCAAAAUGUUCUACCUACCACUGAGCUGUCGCCAUUGAACAUUGUUCAGCAAUGUCUCGGUACGCUCAAUGCACUGGCCAACGACAAUCCUCGCAUUCCUUCAUUCUUCCUCAGUGAGCACGAAACUGCCGCUAGCCAGAAAGCCAAGACAGUAAAGAAGGGCAAGGGCAAGGAGAGCAAGGCUGCGAAAUUCCCUCUCAAUGCUCUGCUGACUCUUCUUGACCGCAAGCUGAUCACGGAAAACGCUGCUGUGAUGGAGACUUUAGCAUCUCUGCUCAAGGACGUCACUGGACCUCUUUCGAUUCUCGCACGUCGCCAAAAGGAAGCACAAGAGGCUGCCAACAAGGCUUCUGAGAAUCAAGAACAACAAGAAUCUGCGAGCACAGAUGUCGCCAUGGCAGAGUCCAGUGGCACAAGCGGUGCCGCAGAGACUCCUGCUGCGACAAGUGCCAGCACUGAAGCGCCAAAGGAAGCAACCGAGGCACAGCCAGAAGUGCCAGCCACGAAGAAGAAGCAUCAAGAUCUCACGCCGCCUGAGGUGCCUGAUGAGAAUAUCGGUCUUGUGGUCAAUAUCUUGGCUGCACGCGAGUGCCCAAGCAAGACUUUCACCGAUACGCUGGAUAUUAUCAAGAAUCUCUCAGCAAUUCCUGGUGCGAAGGAGGUCUUCGGUAAGGAGCUUACACGUCAAGCCCAAGAGCUUGGCCAGACGUUGCUUAGCGAUCUCGAAGAGCUUGCUACACAGAUACAAGCAGCUCAAACUGGGACCGACCUUCAAGGCAUGGCGCUUGCGAGCUUCUCUGCUGCUGGAUCCAAGCAGCGCAAGUUGCUCCGCGUCCUGGUUGCUUUAGAUCACCUCUUCGAUCCCAAGCGCAUUCCGCAGAGCACAAACGUCACCGGCACUGUUGUGGAGCAGAAGUUGAAGGAAGACAUCCUGGCCACGCUCUAUGAGAGCCCGACCUUCGAAAAGCUGUGGCACAGCCUCAGUGCAUGCCUCACUGCCAUUCGUCAGCGUGGGAACAUGGUCAACGUCGCAACGAUUCUUCUUCCAUUGAUCGAGUCCCUCAUGGUCGUCUGCCGCAAUAGCGCCUUGAAGGAAGCUCCCGCUGUCAUCACCUCACCAGCCGAGACGAAGGUCAGCACACCCCCACCAGUCGUACGUAUGGAUACGCUCUUCUUCAAUUUCACCGAGGAGCACCGCAAAGUCCUCAACGAGCUCAUUCGCAACAAUCCCAAGCUCAUGAACGGCAACCUGUCAGUCUUGGCCAAGAACUCGAAAGUGCUUGAAUUCGACAACAAGCGCAACUACUUCAGCCGCAAGCUUCAUGACCGCCGCGCGGAAGUCCGUGUUGCUCACCCCUCGCUCCAGCUCAACAUUCGCCGCGAUCAGGUCUUCCUCGACUCGUUCAAGUCCUUGUAUUACAAGAGCCCCAGCGAAAUCAAGUACGGCAAGCUCAACAUCCGCUUUCACGGUGAAGAAGGCAUUGAUGCGGGCGGCGUCUCGCGUGAGUGGUUCGCAGCAAUGGCUCGACAGAUGUUCAAUCCGGAUUACGCUUUGUUCAACCCUGUCGCUGCCGACCGGACUACUUUCCAUCCGAAUUCUUUGAGCGAGAUCAAUCCUGAGCACUUGAUGUUUUUCAAGUUCAUUGGUCGCGUCAUCGGCAAAGCGCUCUAUGAGAAUCGUGUUCUUGAUUGUCACUUCAGCCGAGCAGUGUACCGGAAGAUUCUCGGAAAGUCUGUGUCGCUCAAAGACAUGGAAUCGCUUGAUUUGGACUACUACAAGUCGCUGGUGUGGAUCUUGGAGAACGACAUUACUGAUGUCACUUUCGAGACAUUCUCCGUGGACGUUGACAAGUUCGGCGUCACGGAGACCAUCGACCUGAUUCCCAAUGGUCGUAAUAUUGCCGUCACCGAGGAGAACAAGCAGGAGUAUGUUCGACUUGUUGUCGACUAUCGCCUCAUCAAAUCCGUACAAGGCCAGUUGGACAACUUCUUGGAAGGCUUCCACGACAUUAUCCCGGCCGAGCUCGUCUCCAUCUUCAACGAGCAAGAAUUGGAACUCCUCAUCUCAGGUCUACCAGACAUCGACGUGGACGACUGGAAGAACAAUACAGAGUACCACAACUAUCAGCAAACUUCACCUCAGGUGCAGUGGUUCUGGCGCGCCGUUCGCAGCUUCGACAAGGAAGAGAAAGCCAAGCUUCUUCAAUUCGUUACUGGUACCAGCAAAGUACCGCUCAACGGCUUCAAAGAGCUUGAGGGUAUGAAUGGGUUCUCCAAGUUCAACAUUCACCGUGACUUCAGCAGCAAAGAGAAGCUGCCAUCCAGUCACACUUGUUUCAAUCAGCUUGAUCUGCCCGAGUACGAAAGUUACGAACACCUUAGACACCAACUCUAUACCGCCAUCACUGCCGGUAGCGAGUAUUUCGGUUUCGCAUAAGUCGAUGUAGCAUAAGAGAGCAUAUGGGGAAUGAAAUUCAUGCAUGGCGUUCUUUCGGGCAUAACGAAGGAAAGCAUCUUAAAUGGCGCUGAGAACGCAUGAGGUAGUAGGCUGGGAUCCCAGGCGUGUAUCAUAAUCAUUGGUCAGCUCUUCGAUUCACGUUCGCUUCGUAGAUGGAAGUGCAGGUCCAUCUGCUUUGCUGCUGGGGUUUCGAAGCUGUUGCAGCUGCUGCUGUAUUAAGAAUAGGAAAGCAAGAGUAGCUCAGUAGAUAUUAUGAAGGGCCGUAAGGCUUGUUUAGCGUUC